GUCUCUUUCUUCUCCAGCCCUGAUACCUAUCGUCUCUCUCCAAAACCGCCCAUAACAAACAGCAGCAGCAACACAUUCUUAGGUGCGAUUGCGAUUAGACAAGAAGAUUAGAACAAGGCCAACCACAAAGAAAGGAGAGGAGAACGAGGAAUUGCCAAAUCAGCCUAAUCACCCAAAAGAAACGGAAAGGAAACUAAAUCAGAUCAAAGAUGAACAGCCUGGCGCGCGUCUUUAGCAACUUCCGGGACUUCUACAGCGAGAUCAAUGCAGCCACCUUGACGGGGGCCAUCGAUGUGAUCGUGGUGGAGCAGAAGGACUGGGAGUUCCAGUGCUCGCCCUUCCAUGUGCGCUUCGGCAAGAUGGGUGUGCUGCGAAGUCGCGAGAAGGUGAUGAAGUUGGGCGACGCCGGCAAGGCCUUCUUUGUGGAGGAAUGCCUCGAGGAUGACGACGAUGAGCUGCCAGCGAAUCUGGCCACAUCGCCCAUACCCUUGAGCUUCAUGAAUCUGCGGGAGCACGGCAACGACACCAUGGAGGACAUCAGCGGUGUGACAGACGACAAAAACGCUAGCGAGGAGCUGCAGAUUCCCUUGCCGCUGCCGCGACGCAACUCCAUCGACUUCUCCAAGGAGGAGCCCAAGGAAGCGGCCGCACAUUUCGAGAAUCAGGCCUCGGACUACACGAAGCGCAGGCACACGGACAAUACACUGGAGAGGCGCAAUCUGAGUGAGAAGCUCAAGGAGUUCACCACACAGAAGAUACGUCAGGAGUGGGCGGAGCACGAGGAGCUCUUCCAGGAGAAGAGCGAGAAGAAGCCAGCAGAAGCAGAGCUGGAAAAAUAUAGGCAGCCCGAGGCGGGGGAGGAAGUGGAAAAGGAAAAGGAGCAGCCCAAAGCCGAUAUUACCGUGUCUUCGGUGGCUGCCAGCGAGGACGCCAAAGAUGUGUCCAAGAGCAAGACCAAGAAGCGGCGCAAGAAGACGCAGAUGAAGAAGAAUGCACAGCGGAAAAACUCCUCGAGCAGUUCUGUGGGUAGCGCUGCCGGCGGCGACGUCACCACCACCAAGGAGGGCGUGGCGACAGUGGACAACAUUGAUGAGGGCGAUGCCACCGCCCCCGCCACCGCCGUGGCGAUCAUCGCCGCCAACAACUCGGCCAACUCCUCAUCCAACGACGAGCUUCCCUCAGCCUCACUGCUCACGGCCCACACCGGGAUCGACAGCGCGAAGGGCGAAGAGCCCAAGGCAAUCGCAAACCCAACGGUGAAGCUGCGUCUACACCUGGAAAUGUACUUCUUCAGCGAUACAGAGAUCACUGGGCCAUCGGGCGGCGCUACCAACCGUCCCCCCAGCCCCUUUCAGAGCGAUAGCGAACUGGAGACAACGAUACGGGCACGGGAUCAGCGCCAAUUCGACCAGACCGCUGCCAAUUGGAAUUGGGGCGAACUACCCGACCAGGCCAAAACGGAGUCGAUCUAUGAAGCCGAUGCACAGCAGGUUGACCGACAAUCGAUGCUCAGCAACGUGUUUAGCUUCAUGAAGAAGGCCAAUCGGCUGCGAAAAGAGGUCGGCAACGAGGCGGGAGACAUAUAUCUAUCUGACUUGAAUGAAUCCAUGGAUCCGGAGAUGGCGGCCCUCUAUUUUCCCAGUUCCAAGUUGAAGGAGGCCUCGACAGCCACGAUCCUGGAGGAAGAUCGGGAGAGCGGCAACGGCACCAGCCUGCCACACUCGCCCAGCUCCCUGGAGGAGGGUCAGAAGAGUAUGGACUCGGACUUUGAUGAAAACAACAAGCCCCCCCUCGGAGGAGGACUAUUAUCUCCGUUGUGCCCUGUGUUCGACUACGCUGCGUUCAGCGUGACGACUGCAUACCAGGGAACGUCGCGCUGCAAGUGCUACUUGUACCGCUGGAAGCACAACGACAAGGUGGUGAUCUCGGACAUUGAUGGGACCAUUACCAGGUCCGAUGUGCUGGGCCACAUAUUGCCGAUGGUCGGCAAGGACUGGGCCCAACUGGGAGUGGCACAGUUGUUCUCGAAGAUCGAGCAGAACGGCUAUAAGCUGCUUUACCUGUCGGCCCGUGCCAUCGGCCAGUCCCGACUGACACGCGAGUAUCUGCGCUCGAUCAGGCAGGGUAAUGUGAAGCUGCCCGAUGGGCCGCUGUUGCUGAAUCCCACCUCCCUGAUAUCGGCAUUCCAUCGCGAGGUUAUCGAGAAGAAGCCGCAGCAGUUCAAGAUCGCUUGCCUGUCGGACAUUCGGGAUCUCUUCCCCGAAAAGGAGCCCUUCUACGCCGGCUACGGCAACCGGAUCAAUGAUGUCUGGGCCUAUCGGGCUGUGGGCAUUCCUAUAAUGCGCAUCUUCACCAUCAACACCAAGGGCGAGCUGAAGCACGAACUAACCCAAACAUUCCAAUCCUCUGGCUACAUCAAUCAGUCGCUAGAAGUCGACGAGUACUUUCCCCUGCUCACCCACAAUGAUGAGUAUGAGUACCGCACGGAUGUGUUCGACGACGACGAGUUGGAGGACGAACUGCAGUUUAGCGAUGACUACGAUGUGGAUGCAGAGCCCGAUCUGAGUGACGAUGACGACGAUGAUGAUGGUCUUGCUGCCCUCACACGGCAACCUAACGUGGCUGGAUUCCUAGACCAUGUAACCAUAACCAGAACCCUGCCCUAGUCCUUCUUAGAAGGUUGUGGGCAGCUGGAAUGAAAUGAUGAUGAAUGAAUUGUGAUAAGCGUUUUCUGAGUGAGCUACUAGGAGUGUCCCUGUCCCUGUUUGUUGUGUAGUAGUGCCGGGGGGCGAAGCUCUCGGGCCAGUCGUAAGUUUUGACAGUAUUUUGCUUAGCAGCAGCAGGUCUAAAUGUUUAGCUUUAAGGAAGACGAGCGGAACGAGAAGUACCUUUUGGAUAUAGUCCAAUCCUACUAUAUCUAUAGCCAUAUACCCAAUAAACGAUAUCAAUAUGUUCGCUGUGAUGGAAA